AUGGCUGACUUCACCAGCCAUUCUCAACUUCUGAUCAUCGUGCUAUGCAGCACUUUCGUACUUUUCGCUGCAAUGGAAAUCCCGGAGACGACAGUCGAAACCUCGCCGGCAACGAUCACAACGCGGAUGGAGGCUACGACGAAAAAGACGACAUCAACAACAGCAAAACAACCACAAAACGUCAUCGUUCUGCAAGUUGGCAACUUCGACUCGUCUGCCGGAUCUCAGAAGGGCAAAGUCGACGGCAACGACGAGUGUCAGACCAAUAACGAGUGCUUCCAUUGCUGUGCGGUUCAAGUGGUUGGUUGUGAUCAAGUGAAAUUUUGAAACAACGAUUUUAGAAAAAUAUUUACAGAUGAUCCGUUAUGAAAAGUAUAUUGUUGAGAAGAUUCAUUUUUUUUUUAUAAAAUAACAAUUUCAUAGUCUCUGUUUUAGCGUUUUCAGUGAGAAUUCAUGAACGGAAAAAAAGGAAGCCGAAGACAAAAAAUGGACUUUUCCGCUUUUAUAUCGAAAAACAUGUGAAGGGAAAUCGGGUACCUCUCUUUUCAUUUUUACAGCUUGAGAUAAGUUUGGAAAAAAAAGACCGAUUUCAUGUAGUGUUUUCAAACUUUUUAAGUAUUGCACAUUCACUCUAGCGUCCCAAAUUAUCACAUAUAUAAUUAUAACUUGCUUUUGUUUAACCCUCCCAAAGUAUCAAAAAAGAUAGGCUCACCUUUUAGGGUGGUAUGAAAAAAACACCAGCGAAAAUUCAAAUCGCGAAUUUUCCGAUUUUUUCUAUCGCUAGGGAACUUUCCGACGGCCACGUUUCCGACUGAUCUCUUUCCGACUUUUUUCCCUUAAGUUUUUUUUAGCUUUUAAAACAUCUAUAAACUUUUUUUUUCCUAUUUCCUUGUGUUUUAGUCAUGAACCAACUACCUACAUUAUAUAGGAAGAUUUAAAACGAAGAUCUUAUCGAGAAAAAAGUCAGAAAAAGUUUCGUCGGAAAGGUGGCCGUAGGAAAGUUUCCUAGCGAUAUGAAAAAAUCGGAAAAAGUCGUCGUUUGAAUUUUCGCUGGUGUUUUUUUCAUACUGCCCCUUUUAGAACCAUAGCCCGCUAUGGCGCAAUGAACAUGCUUCAAAAUUUGACACAGUGAACUAUAUUUUUCAACGAAGAACCGUUUGAUAAAGAUUUUUCAGGGAUAUUGUAUGACUGGGAAAUGCUUCUGUGUCUUCGGAACAACCCUACCACCAGCUACAGUCACGACUCCCGCCCCAGCCACCCAACCAUUCCUGCAAAUUCAGUACCCCAUUCUGCCACCUCCCAUCAUGCAAGUGUCCAAUCCGUACGCCUUCCAGCCGAUACCUGUUGCCUAUGAUCCAUACGCAUUCACCAACUCUAAAGCAGUAAAAAACAACCCCAAAGUUUCUGGAUUUGCGCCAACGCCGGUCGGAUUCGAUCCGGAGCACGAUCAAUUCUUGUUCUAA